AUGGGCGGAGGGCCCAGGCCCCAAGAUCCUCGUGGAGCGAGCGGAGGAGGCGUUAUUCCUCAGGGGAGGGGUCAACAGGAAGCACCAAGGGGAGAAACGGGGCAUGGAGAGCGGCGAAACUGUGCUGUUGCAUCUUCACGGGCGAACUUCAACGAGUCGUCACCAACGGCGAUUAUGUCGUUGGGGGCGGGAAUGGACACACACGAGGGGGCUACGACUCGGGGAUUCGGGGACACCAAGGGGGGGCGUACUCUUAUGUUUUGCAUGCCUUAGCGGUUAGACCAUUGACCACGCGUCCUCGAGAGGACGGAGCGUUGUUCCCACAGGACCGAUCACCGAUGGCCAAUCGUUCC